GGAUCUCCUUUGCACAGCUGCAUAACAAGCGAAGUCAUAGCCGUUGCUGCGAGAGUGAAAGUGAGAGCAUGCACAUGCAUGGAUUCAGAGCAAGGGUUUUCCUGCGCUCUAUUUCACUUUGCAAAUCGAAGUGGCAUCAUCACCAUGGAACUCAAAUCCACUUCUCGCAAAAUCUCACCUCCACAACAGGUCAUGAAUUUAUGGAAUUUGCAGCAGGACCGUCUAUGCAGAUGCAAGUUGUCAAGGCGCUCUGCUCGGGCAAGAGAAGGAAGGCUUCGGAGUUGCUUGAAGAUUUUGAUUCCAGAAAUCACUCAUUAACAGCUGAUGAUUUUGUUGAUAUUUUUAAGUACUGUGCACGCUCUCCUGAUCCACUGUUUGUUAUGGAGCUUUGGAGAUUCAUGGAGUUAAAAGGUGUGAGCAUGAACAACAUAUGCUCAUCUCUCAUGAUGCAGGCCCUUUGUAAAGGGGGUUACUUGAAAGAGGCCUUUGAUAUCAUGGAUUUACUUGGAGAAAGUCAAUGUCUCUAUCCAGUUCUCCCACUGUACAAUAGUCUCUUAAGAUCCUGCACGAAAAUGCGGAGUAUAAUUCAAGCAAGCAAAUGUUUGAACUUAAUGGAAAAGAAGUUGGUAGGAAAGAAUGAAGUUACAUAUACUGAGCUUCUCAAGCUUGCAGUGUUGCAGAAUAACUUCUCUGCAGCCCAUCUCAUUUGGAAGGAGUAUAUUAAAAACUAUACCACGAGUAUCAUUGCUCUGCGUAGAUUCAUUUGGUCAUUUACAAAGUUAGGAGAUUUAAAAUCUGCAUAUAAUAUGCUACAACAAAUAGUGUCAUUAGCCAUCAGGGGGAACAUUUCUAUUGGUAGAACAGUUUAUGGGAAGUUGUAUUCUACUAGAUUGGACAUUCCCGUGCCUUCAAAUAAGGGGCUAGGCUCAACCAUAUUGGACUUGAAGGAUAACAAAAAAUUGGACUCUUGUAUUCACCCUCCUCUUGUGAAUUUACCUGACAGUAUAUCUGCAAGUAUAGGGCAACAGAUUGCUUGUGUGGGGAAUAAAAAAGCAAAGAGUGCUGAAUCAGAUGGUCUGAAUGGACAAAAACACUCUCUACUUAUGAAGGUAUUGAGGUGGUCCUUUAAUGAUAUAAUACACGGGUGUGCAAAACAAAAGAAUUAUAUGCUUGCAAGGAAGCUUAUGUUACAGAUGGAAAAUCUUGGUUUGCAGCCAUCCAGCCAUACGUAUGAUGGCUUUAUUAAAGCAGUUGUUUCUCAUAGAAGUUUUGUGGAUGUCAUAGGAGUGUUGGAGAAAAUGCAGCAGAAGAAUUUGAAGCCAUAUGAUUCAACUCUAGCGACACUUUCAAUCACUUGCAGCAAAGCGCUACAACUAGAUUUAGCCGAGGCUUUGCUGAAUAAGAUUGCUGAAUGUCAAUGUCCACAUCCUUAUAAUGUUUUGUUAGCAUCAUGUGAUGCACUGAAUCAACCUGAACGUGCUCUGCGAGUGUUUGCCAAGAUGAAGCAGAAUUUAUUUUUACCUAAUAUCAGGACAUACGAGCUUCUAUUUUCGUUAUUUGGUGUUGUAAAUGCCCCGUAUGAAGACAGUAAUAUACUGUCACAGGUGGAUACUGCUAAAAGAAUAAAUGCUAUAGAAAAGGAUAUGGCCAAAAAUGGCAUUCACCACAGUUAUCUUUCAAUGAGAAAUUUAUUGAGAGCCCUUGGAGAAGAAGGGAUGGUAACAGAGCUGAUCCAGUAUUUACAGGUGGCGGAGAAUCUUUUCAUCUAUAGAAACCCUUCAUUGGGAAAACAUAUGUACAACACAGUGUUACAUUAUCUUGUUGAAGCCAAAAAGAGUAGCUUGGCGAUUGCAAUUUUCAAGAGGAUGAAGUUAAUUGGCAGCCCCCCUGAUUCUGAAACAUACAAUAUAAUGAUUGACUGUUGUAGCAUCACAGAAUGUUACAGAUCUGCAUGUUUGCUGAUGGCAAUGAUGAUACGGAAAGGGUUUUGUCCAGUGACUUGUACAUAUACUGCCAUCAUUAAGAUUUUGUUGCAAGAUGAGAACUUUAAUGAAGCCCUGAAUAUUUUGAAACAAGUUAUAUUGGAUGGCAUCCAACCUGAUGUACUGCUGUUUAAUACUUUUCUUAAAGAAGCAUGUUACAAGGAAAGGAUUGAUGUAAUUGAGUUUAUUGUGGAGUGUAUGCACCGAGAGAAAGUUCCCCCUGAUUCAGCAACAUGCGGCUAUGUCUUCUCUGCCUAUGUAAAUUCUGGAUUUUACAAUACAGCAAUUGAAGCAUUGCAGGUUUUAAGUUUGCGUAUGAUGUCUGAAGAUGGAAACAUACUUAGAGAGAAGAAAAAUUUUGUGAAUGAAUUCAUACUAUCUGAAGAUUUGAAUGUUGAGUCACAGAUACUUAAAUUAUUUGAAGAUUCUGAAGAUGAACUUGCUGUUGGGUUGUUGAAUUUAAGAUGGUGUGCCGUAGCUGGAUUCCCAAUCUGUGAGUCAGCUGAUCAAAGCCUAUGGGCUAAAAGACUGGAAAGGAUGCAAUUGUGAGAGCCUUCGAGUCCUAUGAAGACACCGAGUUAGAUACAAUUGCUUGAUGGUUUUAAUGGAGACAUUUGUCAUUCAUGGGAACCCUACAUAAAAGGGUUGGGAGAGAUGCUCUAUCGUAUCUGGUGUCAACUGUAACCUUCGUCAUUGCUCCAGCUCUUCACAGGUGCUAAAAUUUUCAAUCAUAAUUUUUGUAUACGACUUCCCAUUUUGGAAGUUGCUGUUGUUUUAUAAGCUAUGUUGCACCAAGUUAGAAUAUUUUUAACGUUUGGUGCACAAAAUUGUUUUUUUAAACACAACUCAUAAAUUUUGGCAAACGAUGAAGCUAUUAAAUGACGUGUUAAAUUCAAACAGAGCUUUUU